AGGUAGAGUCGUGUCUUGAGGGACACCUGUUACAGUUAGAGAGAGUUUGGUUUUUUUUUUUUUUUUUUUUUGCGAUGGAGACGCUUCUAAUUUCCGCAGAGAGCUUCGAGGUAGGGUUCAUCGGAGCUGGAAAGAUGGCGGAGAGUAUAGCCAGAGGCGUCGUUGCCUCCGGGAUGCGUCCUCCGAAUCGUAACUCCACUGCAGUUUACUCGAAUCUGAAUCGCCGUCAAGUCUUCGAGUCCUUUGGCGUCAAUGUCUUCUCCAGUAGCGAAGAAGUUAUUAAAGAAAGCGAUGUUGUGAUCUUCUCUGUGAAACCUCAAGUUGGAAUGGUCUGGUCAAGAUCGGUUCGUAAGGGUGAUGCCUAAUACACCAGCUGCAGUUGGUGAGGCAGCUUCAGUAAUGAGCCUUGGAACAGCGGCAACGGAAGAAGACGGAGCACUUGUUGCUAAGUUGUUUGGCUCUGUGGGGAAGAUGUUUAAAGCUGAUGAGAAAAUGUUUGAUGCUGUCACUGGUCUCAGUGGAAGUGGACCAGCGUACAUAUUCUUAGCCAUUGAAGCUUUAGCUGAUGGAGGAGUAGCUGCUGGUUUACCCCGAAAACUCGCACUCGGUUUAGCUUCACAGACGGUUCUUGGAGGUGCAACAAUGGUGAGCAAAACGGGGAAGCAUCCGGGUGUGUUGAAAGAUGAUGUUACUUCACCAGGCGGGACUACAAUAGCCGGAGUUCAUGAACUGGAGAAAGGUUCUUGGAGCUGCAACAAUGGGGCUUUUGACGUGUGCUUAGAUGAGACUCGGUUAUUCUCCUUUUCUGAACUAUCACGACAACAACAAACAAACAUCGUUCUAUGGUUGACUCAUUGCUGUUUCGAAGGCUUCCAUGGUCGUCGUCGAGGACCAUCCGAUCUGUGUCAGGGACGCAAACCCGGGAAAGAGUCGUUGCCGAUUUUUGAUUUGAAAAAUUAUUAAAACUGAUAAUAAACCAGGUGGUUAAGAGCAUUGGUUUAGGUGAAAACCGUGAGUGGUCGGACCAAAAGGAAAAAAAACGAGAUAGUUGAGUUUCUACCUGAGGAAAAAUGCCUGAGAAAAAACUAGGACAAUGUCGAUCUUCAAGUUUACUUAGACUGUAUCUUUUAUAUUUAUAUAUUAAAGAAGAAGCAUUGGCUUUAAUUCAUUCA